AUGAAGAUCCGUCGGAGGUCCCACAGUGAGUUAAAGAUGAAGAUCCGUCGGAGGUCCCACAGUGAGUUAAAGAUGAAGAUCCGUCGGAGGUCCCACAGUGAGUUAAAGAUGAAGAUCCGUCGGAGGUCCCACAGUGAGUUAAAGAUGAAGAUCCGUCGGAGGUCCCACAUGCGAGGCAUGCAUCAUAAAUGUGGGACUGCAGAGAGCUGCCUGUCUGCACCAGCCACACACACCGUCCCCACACCGUCCACAUACCUGUCUGCACCAGCCACACACACCGUCCCCACACCGUCCACAUACCUGUCUGCACCAGCCACACACACCGUCCCCACACCGUCCACAUACCUGUCUGCACCAGCCACACACACUGUCCCCACACCGUCCACAUACCUGUCUGCACCAGCCACACACACCGUCCCCACACCGUCCACAUACCUGUCUGCACCAGCCACACACACUGUCCCCACACCGUCCACAUACCUGUCUGCACCAGCCACACACACCGUCCCCACACCGUCCACAUACCUGUCUGCACCAGCCACACACAUCGUCCCCACACCGUCCACAUACCUGUCUGCACCAGCCACACACACUGUCCCCACACCGUCCCCACACUGUCCCCACAUCGUCCACAUACCUGUCUGCACCAGCCACACACGCUGUCCCCACACUGUCACCACACUGUCCCCACACUGGCCACACACUGUCCCCACACUGUCCACACACCGUCCACACACAUUGUCCCCACACUGUCCUCACUGUUCCCACACUGUCCCCACACCGUCCACACUGUCCCCACACUGUCACCACACUGUCCUCACACUGUCCCCACACCGUCCACACACACUGUCCCCACACCGUCACCACACUGUCCCCACUCUGUCCAGCGAGUGUUAA